AUGAGAGGCUUGAGAGUCGUAUAUCUUUAUAUAUCUAUACCAUAUACCAUUAUUGACAAGUUUUACUGUUCACAACAGUCUGUGGUCAGUUUGAAAUAUGAGACGGAAUGGGAGAAACAGAUAAAUCUGCGGUUAAUACUUGUGUCUGGCAAGACUAAGGAGUUCGUGUUCAGUCCGGUGGAUUCAGCUGGCGACAUCGCUAUACACGUCUAUGACAAUUGGCCUGAAGCUGACUGGUCAUCAGAGUGCGUCUCCCGUGCAGAGAUCCUCCGACUCAUCUACCAGGGUCGCUUCCUGCACAGUUCAGUGACGCUGGGCGCGCUAGGCUUGCCCCUCGGACGUACUACCGUCAUGCAUCUAGUGCCACGCGAACAUUUGCCCGAGCCCAAUUCGCACGAUCAACGACAAAAAAGCAAAGGCGGUUCGAGCAGUUGCUGUUCGGCGUCGUGCUGCAUAUUGUAA